GUUUGCUUCCCAAUGCCAUAACGCAUUCUCUCAGAGUUUCCAUUUUUUAUUUUUCUGUUCUGAAACUCAACAGUGAAUAAUCAAUAUUGGUUUCUUACAUUUCACAUGUUCAGAACAGGGGAAAAGAUGAUAGGCUAUCUGCUUUUCUUUGUAUUCUUGAUCCACACAAAUGAAGCUAAAGGUGGCAUGGGGAAGCCACCACCACUUCCUUUAAAGAAAUGGAUGACUCUAAGUGGUGGUGAACCUCAGAUUGUAGCAAACGGUGGAUUCUCUGGACUUUUUCCGGCAUCCAGUAUCAUGGCAUAUGAGUUUGCUUUGUUUAAUAGCUUGCCUGGUACAAUCUUGCUCUGCGAUCUCCAAUUUACACGGGACGGCCAAGGCUUUUGCGAGUCAGAAAUAGCUCUUCAAAAUACAACAAACGUCGAUGACAUUGAUCCGAAAGGACAAAAGACCUACAAUGUAAACGGGCAAGAAAUUCAAGGAUGGUUUGGGUUGGAUUACGAUGCUGUUUAUGUUUUCAACAACGUGACAUUGAACCAAAAUAUAUUCACCAGACCGCCAUGGUGGGAUGGACAAGUGACUAAUAUGCCUCAAGAUGUAGUUUUCAGCUUCAAAACUCCACCAAGAUUCUGGAUAAAUGUUCAGUAUGACAGUUUCUACAAUCAACACAGAAUAAGUCCAGAAGAUUUUAUCCUUAGUAGUAUGGCUGAUAUACAACCGGAAUUCAUUUCGUCCCCCGAGAUCGGUUUCUUGAAGAGCAUCGGACCGAAGGUUAAAGAUGUAAAAGCGAAAAUAAUUUUCAAGUUUCUUGGAGCAGAUGUUGUAGAACCCACAACCAAGGAGAAAUACGGUUCACUAGCAACCAAGCUACCGAUGAUAAAAUCAUUUGCAUCGGGGAUUGUUGUCCCACGACAAUAUAUAUGGCCUAGUAAUAAUGGAUAUUUGCAGGCUGCGCCGACAAAUCUAGUGCUUGAUGCUCACAAACUAGGGCUUGAAGUAUAUGCUGGAGUUUUUGCAAAUGACGACUAUUUAAGUUAUAAUUACAGCUAUGAUCCAACAAGAGAGUAUCUUCAGUAUGUUGAUAAUUCUCAGUUUUCGGUCGAUGGGGUGAUUACUGAUUUUCCUGUAACUGCUUCAGUAGCUAUCGGAUGCCUAUAUCAGAACAAGAAUGCUUCGAGGAUAAUAAAAACUCCAAUAAUAUCACAUGAUGGAGCGAGUGGAGAUUUCCCUGGAUCUACUGAUCUUGCCUAUGAGAAAGCCAUUGAUGAUGGUGCUGAUAUAAUCGAUUGCUCCGUCCAAUUGUCAAAAGAUGGAGUCGCCUUUUGUUUAACUUCACCUGAUCUUACGGAUUCAACCACUGCAGCUACGCUGUUCAUGGAUCGAGCUACAACGAUACCAGAAAUUCAAGCAGACAAUGGAAUUUUCUCUUUUGAUCUCACCUGGACUGAAAUUCAAUCUCUAAAGCCUCAAACUCAGAAUUCUUUCCGAGACCUUAUUAGAAAUCCACUAUACAAGAAUAAGGGAAAGUUU